AUGGCUCUUGCUCUUGCAAAAUUUCAACCCUAUAUAGAUCAAGAACUAUCUGAUAAAUACUUAAAUAAGCAUAUAAUAGUUCUUGAAAAUGUAAAUGCAGAAGAUUUUAAUGAUGCGGUCAAGUGUAAUAUUUUAAAAUCUAUAAUGGGCAGAAAAUAUGCUCCAGUACCAGCAAAUAAUAGUCUUGUAGUAGAGAAUCUAGCUAUAAAUUCUCCAGAUACAUUAUGA